AUGGGUGUAUACGGCAAGGAGCCUCAAAUCACGGGGGCCAACUUGGGGGCGCAGAUGGUCAGGAGGACAAAGCACGUACUGCUUGAGUUGCAGAAAAAUGACACUAUUGCGUUUCGCUUCAAGAACGGGAGUUACCACUGCUACAACCACUUUUCCAAUCUCAACGUCAACGGGGUGAAUGUAACGACGCAGGAAUCAUCGAUCGAAACAUUGUAUUCGAGGGGACAUACUUCGAACUGGUUCAUGCCGAGUUUUGUCCCAAACGUCAAGCAAGAUUUAGACGAAGCAAGCAUCACAGACUUCACGCCGCUGCGACCGACGAUGUCCAACGGAGCGCCGGAUGUCAUUGGAGAAGACAACUGGAAGGCGGUCGACGGUUCUGAAGAUCACAUGAUAAGCAACUUCUACUUCAGAAUGACAAUCAAAUUCUGA